AUGCUGUACAACUUCCUGUCACAUAUCCAUCAAACCCUGCGCUUGUUCAAUCCUGUGGUCAGCGUCUUGUGCAAAAUCUUAGAUACCCUUAGGCUCACAAUCAUCAUGGCAAGACCAUUUGAGUUCAGCUCAAAAGUCACCGGUGUUAUCCAUAGUGUAUUCGAGUCCUUCUUGGAGAGAAACACUGCUCAGACCCUAGAUGAGAGUCGCCACGCUCCCCCAUCAGAGGAUCAGGAUAUCGUGACCUCUACAUAUAGCCCCUCCACGGUUUGUUUUCUUUCCCUCUCUCUCUCCUUCUCUUCUUUAACCACUCACCCACCCAUUUGCCCUUUUCCGUCUUCCCCUCCCUUUCUACCUCCAGCAACCACCGCCUCAAUCCUUAACGUAACGUUACUGUUCUCUGUAUCCAUCAUUGUCUUGUCUUGUCUCUUCUCUUUCUACUGGGAGCUGAUGUGCGGAUCAAUAACACAAAAACAGUCAUCCGCCGCUGGCUACAGAACCCCUCCCGUCUUUCACACUCAAAGUCCCUCUCCCUCACUCUCAUCCUCCUACCAUUCUAAUAUUAGCGACUCACACACUUCAUCUGGUGAAAAGCCUCCCGCAAAGAUGUAUCCCAUCGCCGAUGUCGAUGACACAGCAGGGUUUAUGGCCGCUGCCAGGGCUUUGAAGCUCGACCCGAAUGCUUAUAGGAAGGUAUCCUCUGUGGUUGCUGCUUCUGAAGACGCGUCCAGUGAGCACGGCAGCCUCUCUAAGUCUCAUGACGACGCCAAAAACCCUACCUCAACUGAUGAUUCUGUGCUCACCUCCACUCCCAAAGAGCCCAGUACUCCUGCAGAGUUUCAGGUCAAGGGCGAUGCCGAUUUUGCCGGCCCGGGCAAUGACAGCACGCUCACCAACUUUGUUGCAGAGCCCAUGCCUCUCGAGGUCGUUGAGCAGUCCAGCACGGCUGAGUUCGUCUCGGCUGACACCCUCGUUACCACUUCCCAUGCUUCCGUCGGAGAAGAGGAUCGUGAGCACCAGGCCACCUUUGAGACCUGGGGUACUCCAGAGAUCCGUGACAAGCCGGGUAUGACCUUGGUCUUCAUCCUGCACUACCGACCUUUGCUAAUUGGCUCGUUUCUUGCAGCUGCUCGCGUCAGACGCGUUAUCAUCAGGGGCUUGCCCUCCACCUGGAAGACUCCUGCAAUGGUCCUAUCCUUGAUUCACGGCGGCACUAUUGAGAGUAUUUCUGUGGGUCCAUCUGGCACUGCCCAAGUUCUGUUCUGUGACCCCGAAGCGUGCAAGGCUUUCUACGAUAAAUACCCCAACGGCAUCGAUCUUGAUAAAGAAAGAAAGGUCACUGUCUUCGUGGAAAUGGGAAAAGAAGUCGACGUUGUCAGCUCUCAGCUGUCUUUCAGCCUGUCCACCGGCGCCACUCGUGCUGUCCGUGCUGUUGGUGUUGACCUCGAUGUUACGAUGCGCCAGCUUUUUGAUUUGGCUGCCGGCAACCAUCGUAAGGUUGAAAAGAUCCUAGACAACUACGUUCCCGGCGAGGCACGCAACGUCAUCUUCCGUUUCUGCAGCAUCGAUGAUGCAGUUCGCUUCCGUGCCGUGCUUGUCCGCAACGAGUCCUGGGAACAGUGCAACAUUCAGUAUGCUGCUGAUCCGUGCGAACUUGCUACCGGCUAUCACACCAACUGA